AUGGACAACGCAUUCUACCAUUCGGUACAAGUUAAUAAGCCCCCAAACCAAUCCAACCGCAAAAGCGAGUUGGUAAAGUGGUUGAAUGAAAACGGAGUUACAGCAGAUAUAAAAAUGUUAAAAGCAGAGCUUAUUGCCUUAGUACGACGUCAUAAACCAUCAACUCCUACCUAUGCUCUGGACGAAAUGGCAAAAGAAAAAGGCCACCAGGUCCUUCGACUACCACCCUACCAUUAUCAGUAUAACGCUAUUGAGCUGAUUUGGGCCCAAAUAAAAGGUCACACCGCAAGAAAUAAUACAUCGCCGCCAUUUACGGCAAAUAAGAUGUUGGCCCUAUUACAAGACGCCAUCAACAAAGUUCUGCCUGAAGACUGGUCGAAGGUUGUGAAUAAAAUAAAAAGGGACAUUAUGUCUGAUUGGGAUCGUGACAUCCAUAUUGACAAUAUAAUGGACUCAUCGUUAAUAAUAUCCGUCACAGAUACAGAUGAUGAAUUUAGUGACAAUUCAGAUGUUCCUGGUUCUGAUAUGAGUUUAGACGAAUAA